AAGACAUAACUUAAGAUUAAGAAAAUUCCAAAGAACACAAAAACAAACAACAAACAACGUUUUUCUCCCCGAAAAAUUUCCGUACCGUGCGUUUCUCCAUGUUAUGUCUGAAGGAGAAAAUUCUGUAAUCUAAUUAUCCAUUCACGAUUCACCCAGAGAUCUAGGUUUUUUCUGCAGAUUAUCAACAAUCUCUGUAAGUUUUUUUCUUCAUCAUUCAAGAUCUAGAGAUUGUUUUGAGUUUGAUUUGUUUUGGAUUUGGAUUUGGAUCUAUCUAUAAUGUCGAAUCGGAGGGAUUCUAGUUAUUCUUCAAUACCUGUUAACUCAUCCUCGUAUCUAGAAUUACAGCCUCCAAAUGAUUCAUCCGAUUCUUUUCAAAGAUUGUCUUUUGAUGAAGGUGGAGGGUUUUUGAGAUCUAAGGUUGAUGAUGAUGAGGAUGAUGAAGGUGAGAAUUUUGAAAUUGAUAUUGAUAAUUAUCCUCUUGUUGUUGGGCCUAUUCCAAAUCAUGGUUCUGGUGUACCUGGUGCUGUGUUUAAUUUGACUACUACUAUUAUUGGGGCUGGACUUAUGGCUCUUCCUGCUACUAUGAAGGUUCUUGGUGUUGUUUUUGGGAUUGUGUUGAUUAUUUUGAUGGGGAUUUUGUCGGAAAUUAGUGUCGAGUUGUUGGUUCGGUUUUCUGUUUUGUGUAAAGCGUCGUCUUAUGGUGAGGUUGUUCAACAUGCUAUGGGAAGACCUGCUAGGAUUUUGUCUGAGAUUUGUAUUAUUUUGAAUAAUGCCGGUGUUUUGAUUGUUUACUUGAUUAUAAUGGGGGAUGUUAUGUCGGGUUCGGUUCAUCAUUUAGGGGUUUUUGAUCAGUUGAUGGGGAACGGGGUUUGGGAUCAGAGGAAGCUUGUGAUUCUUGUUGUCAUGGUGAUUUUUCUAGCGCCGUUGUGUUCGCUUGAUAAGAUUGAUUCGUUGAGCUUGACUUCAGCUGCGUCGGUUGCUCUUGCUGUCAUGUUUGUUGUUGUUGCUUUUGUUGUUGCGUCCAUUAAGCUUGUUGAAGGAAAGAUUGAUACUCCAAGGAUGGUUCCUGAUUUGAGUUCGAAAAAGGCUAUUUUGGAUUUGCUUGUGGUGAUUCCAAUCAUGACGAAUGCGUAUGUUUGUCAUUUUAAUGUGCAGCCGAUUUACAACGAGCUUGAAGGUAGGUCACCGCAGAAGAUGAAUCGUGUAGGAAGGUUUACCACAAUUUUGUGCAUCCUGGUUUAUGCUGCAACGGCGUUAUCUGGUUAUCUGUUAUUCGGGGAUGAUACUGAGUCCGAUGUCCUGACUAAUUUUGAUAAGGAUCUUGGAAUCCGGUUUAGUUCGGCCUUGAACUAUAUUGUCAGAGUCGGCUACAUUCUCCAUUUGAUACUUGUCUUCCCCGUUAUUCAUUUCUCGUUACGUCAAACGGUGGAUACAUUGGUUUUCGAGGGGUCGCCUCCUUUAACAGAAAGCAAGAAGAGAUCGCUAGGACUGACUUUGGUUCUGUUGAUCCUCAUAUACAUCGGGUGUACCAUGAUACCAAACAUUUGGACAGCUUUUAAGUUCACUGGCGCAACAACGGCGGUUUCGCUAGGUUUCAUAUUUCCACCUCUUGUUGCAAUAAGAUUAAGUCAUAAAGGAGAUUUGAGUCAUGUAGAAAUGAUUUUGUCGUGGUUAAUGUUGGUAUUGGCCGUGACUGUAAGCAUUGUAGGAGUCGUCAGCAAUAUAUAUAGCCUCGAGAGUAAGUCUUAGCAACACAUUUUAAGUACAAGGCAUAUCAAUGUAAUUUGUUAAUUGGUUCCACUGCUUGAAACUUGAGCCGAGCAGCAAAAGAUAGGCAACACAAGGAGGAUCAUUCUUUAACGCGGAGCAUUUUUUUUCUAUUUUGCUGCGGCCAUGUUGAUUACGGUAUGAGAUGCAUAUAAUGCUUCAAAUGCCUUGAAUUUGAAAGAUAAAGAUCAGAUGUUUCAGUGUAAAAGAAAUUUUGUGGCUGAUUUGUUUGCCACUGACAUAGUUACCUAUACAGUUUUGUCAA